CAAAUAAAUGAUCUUAGCUUGUUUACCGCUAAAGUCUUGACGUUUCCGAUUGUUGGUGAGAUUAUGAAGAGGGUUGGAAAUUUUUUAAGCAGCUUACUUCAGCUGAUCUCCUUUGAAGCAGUUGUCCCUUUAAGGGAGAGGUCUACAUAACAACACAGUGGAUUUAUUUAUCAUCGUGGAGCCCCAAUAACAAGGGCUGAAUGUCCAACAAACCAGGAAUCCGUUUUUUCUUUUACAAUAAUCAUAAUAAGAAAUAAAUAAGCCACCGCAUCGAUAGAGAUGGUCAGAUACUGGCAGCAUGAGGCCGAGUAAGCCAUUGUUAAAACUGUCUUCUCCCCGCAGAGAGCUCAAUAUAAGCCUCUCCCACUCAUAAAACAUAGGAAGGCGGAAAGUUAAUUAACAUGGUUUUCACCAAUAAAUACAGUUUACCCAGUGCUAGCUGAGUUAGAAGGACCUUAACAUGUCUGACACCAAGAGGGUCAUUUUGUGGACGGCGCCUCGAUGCGUUUCAACAGCAUUUGAGAGAUGCAUGAUGAAUCUGAAAAAUCUUAAAGCUAUACAUGAGCCGUAUUCGUUACCUUAUUACUUUGGGAACGAACGGCUGAGUAAAAGAUAUAUAAGUGAAGACGUUAUUCCGGCUGCUACCUAUAACUCAGUCGGACAGCUCUUACAAAAAGAGUACGACGGAGUCGACUGUGUUUUCUCAAAAGACAUGGCCUACUACGUAAAGGGGAGAUUUGGUAUCUUUCUCGAAGAUGGAUUCAAAGAUUUCCAGCACACAUUUCUCAUUCGAAACCCCGAAAAAGCAGUAUACUCUCUUUACAAAGCAUCUAUCAAUCCCAAACUGACUGGAUGGGAUUAUUUUGACCCCGAAGAGGCCGGCUUUCUGCAGCUGUUCGAAUUGUACAAUUUUGUCAAAAAGCACGUCAACCCCUCCCCGGUGGUACUGGACGCGGAUGAUUUACUUGAGGCCCCGGAUGAGAUUAUGCAAAGCUACUGUGAGACGAUCGGAGUAGACCACGAACCUGGCAUGACGCGAUGGGAACCAGGCCCCGUGGACGAGUGGGAUGUGUGGGCGGGAUGGCACGAGAAUGUCCUCAAGUCAUCCGGGUUCCAAAGGACUCCUGGGAAGAAAGAAGCUUCCAAUUGUAAGGCUGCGUGCAAAGAAGAGGUCCCGGAUGACGUUGCUAGGGUGAUUAAGCAGAGCAUGAGUGGAUACGAGGCAAUGUAUGCACAGCGACUUCUACCAAAAAGCACGGCAAAAGAACUGAUAUCAUAAGUAAGAGUAAGAAAGAAAAAACACAUUUUAUUUGUAUCGAUUCCUUGUGAGCAAGGAUCAGACUGUUGGUUCAACGACAAAGAAAAGCUCAAGAAUCAAGGUUUUUGUCGCACCUUAUGCAACAAAAGAAAAAAGCUUCUAAAAACCAAUGCGACAUGGGUAUAUGUGGUCAAUAGUAUUCUGCAACGAUAACAGAAUAAGGAAAAUGGAAAUUGUUUAUAAUUAUUCUAAAUUGCACCUGAUAGGGUGUAUAUAUUGUAUAUAUUGGUUGAUUCUAAACGCUCGCCACAAAAAUUUAUAUCAAAGUAUGAGCAGAGGCAAAAAAUAAAGAAUAAUAAGGGUU